GAAUUCCUGCUGCAGAAGAAAUUAUUGCGUGCAGCUCGAUACACCGAAGGAGGGGGUGGAAGGGAGGGAGAUCGUGAUCAGUGGCUGAGGCGAUGCGCGGAUCUCCGUCCCUCCUCCUCCUCUUUUACCCUCGCCUUCACACUUCCACCUUCUCUCUUAUAUUGAACUUGGUUGCGGUGGCGAAUAUGAUCACAGCACUCCGGGGCUUAGAGGCUGCACGGUACCGGGCGCCAGCGAUUUGCCAACCCCUUCAAAUUAAACAGGGAACUUGGUAAAACAAAGCGACAGGACUGAGAGGGUGACGGGCAUUCGCAAUUUAUAGGCUGCAUUGAGCUUCGGCGAACUUUCCAGCGAGCACCGUCAGCUUGUGCCUCUUACACUAAGAGAGCAUCGACUCUCCAGUGCGACCGAAUAAUAUGUAUACUGCAGGGGUAAUGCGCGCUUGUAUCGGAUUAAUAAGUUUGUUUCUGGUUGCCUCAGUCAAACAGCCCGUACCGGCGUUAAGAAACAUGUCCUAUCAAGAUGUGGACGAGUGCGCUAAGGACCUGGACGACUGCCACAUUGACGCCAUUUGUCAGAACACCUUAGUGUCCUUCAGGUGCACGUGUCGGCCAGGCUACACGGGCGACGGCAGGCAGUGCGAAGACAUUAACGAGUGCGGCGUCGAGUACAACGGCAGCUGCGUGCAUGAGUGCAUCAACAUCCCGGGCAACUAUCGCUGCACCUGCUAUGACGGCUUCCGGCUGGCGCACGAUGGACACAAUUGCCUGGAUGUGGACGAGUGCUCGGAGGGUAACGGCGGCUGCCAGCAGGUCUGUGUGAACAUGAUGGGCAGCUACGAGUGCCGGUGUCGCGAGGGCUUCUUCUUGAGUGACAACCAGCACACCUGCAUCCAGAGGCCCAAAGAGGGACUGAACUGCAUGGACAAGAACCACGGCUGUGCUCAUAUCUGCCAGGAAACCGCGAAGGGCGGUGUCACCUGCGAGUGUCGGCCGGGCUUCCAGCUGGUCAACAACAAGGACUGCAAAUUGACAUGUAACUAUGGCAACGGGGGUUGCCAGCACAUCUGUGAAGACACAGACCAGGGGCCCAAAUGCAGCUGCCACAUGAAGUUCACACUUCAUUCCGAUGGCAAAUCCUGUGUGGACACAUGCUCUGUAGGCAGCAGCCAUUGUGACAGCUCCUGCCAUGGCCAGAUGACAUGCAGCUGUCCUGUGGGUUUCGCCCUCAUACCAGAGCAGAACACCUGCAAAGAUAUCGAUGAGUGCCAGGUGGGCAAUGGUGGGUGUGGCCAUGAUUGCCGGAACACUGUGGGAAGCUUCGAAUGCAGCUGCAGGAAAGGCUACAAGCUUCUGACCAAUGAGAGGACAUGCCAAGACAUCGACGAGUGUUCCUUCGAGCGGACCUGCGACCACUCCUGUGUCAACUCCCCCGGCAGCUAUGAGUGCUCCUGCCACAAGGGAUAUGUGCUGUACGGGCUGUCCCACUGUGGGGAUGUCAAUGAGUGCAGCAUCAACCAUGGUGGCUGCAAGUUUGGCUGCGUCAACACACCUGGAAGCUAUUACUGCACCUGUCCCCCUGGCCACAGUCUGCACUGGAACAAAAAGGAUUGUGUCGAGCUGGCCAAGUGCGAUGACGGUCUGGGGUCUCCUAAGGCUACUCUGACCUGCAGCAAAGCGGGGAAAAAGGACAGCUGUUCCCUCACCUGCACCUCCAAAGCCCACUACACUGCAGAGACUGACAGCAGCUACGCUGUGAGCUGUGGGCUGCCCAUCCUCCACGGCAAAGGAGUCCCCAGACCCAGCGCCAAUGCCAACCACAGCUGCCAAGAGACCCUUCCCUCCCCCGUCAAGAAAACCGUCUUGUUAAAAGUGAAGAAUGCAAAGUGUCAUCUGCACCUCAAAGCUAAAGGCGGGACCGCUGAGGGGGUCCGUGCACUCAGCUCGGGGAGUGCCGAGUCCUGUAGCAAGUGCCUGGUUAGUUAUGUCAACCUCAAGUGCAACUCCACCAGGAAGGCCAAGAAUAGGCAAGCCCGCGAGCCCGCCACUGCCGGGGCCAUCCGCAUCAUGCUCGAGCUGGAGGCACAGCCGGGGGACGUCACGGAGGCCUGUGGCUUGAGCUGCCAGAGGAGGCACACAGAGCAGCAGGUGCAGACGUACGUCAAGGCACUGAGGAAGUCCAUCAGCCAGGACCGCUUCCUGCUGCGGCUGGCCGGCCUGGAGUACGAGGUGGCCCAGAAGCGGGCACAGGCUGCAGGGCGCUGCUCCCCGGGCGGCGAGCAACACGGCGGGCGCUGCGUCAGGUGCAAGCCUGGCUCAUAUUACCAUGGCGGGCAGGGGCGCUGUGUCCAGUGUCCACCCGGAACCUUCCAGGAGAAGGAGGGACAGCUGGCGUGUGACCUCUGCCCGGGCAGCGACGGGCACGGGCCUGCAGGAGCCCGUAGUAUCUCGUCCUGCGCAGGUCAGUGCCCGUCAGGAUCCUACUCCAAUGAUGGCUUCAGACCCUGCCAGCCGUGUCCUCUGGGAUCCUACCAGCCUGAGCCAGGUCGGAUGCAGUGCUUCUCCUGUGGGGGAGGGCUGAGCACCAAACGGGAGAAUUCCAGCUCCUUCCAUGACUGUGAGGUCAAAGUCCAGUGCUCUCCUGGGCACUAUUACAACACCUCACAGCACCGCUGCAUCCGCUGCCCGUUGGGCACCUAUCAGACAGAGUUUCGGCAGAACUAUUGCAUCUCCUGCCCUGGCAACACCACCACAGACUUUGAUGGGGCGACGACCGUCUCCCAGUGCAAGAACAGAAAAUGUGGAGGGCAGAUGGGGGAGUACACCGGUUACAUCGAGUCUCCCAAUUACCCUGGUAACUACCCCGCCAACGUGGAGUGCACCUGGAACAUCAACCCCCCCCCGAAGCGGAAGGUCCUCAUGGUGGUGCCUGAGAUCUUCCUGCCCUCUGAGGACGGAUGCGGGGAUGUGCUGGUCAUGAGGAAGAACUGGUCGGCCGCUUCCAUCACUACGUACGAGACGUGCCAGACGUACGAGCGUCCCAUCGCCUUCACGGCCCGCUCCCGCCGCCUCUGGAUCAACUUCAAGUCCAACGAGGCCAACAGUGCGCGUGGCUUCCACAUACCAUAUGUCACCUAUGAUGAGGACUACGAGCGCCUCGUUGAGGACAUCGUACGGGAUGGCAGAUUGUACGCCUCGGAAAAUCACCAAGGGAUCCUCAAGGACCAGAAGCUGAUGAAGACGCUGUUUGAGGUGUUGGCUCAUCCGCACACCUACUUCAACUACUCCGCACGUGAUUCCAACGACCUGCUUCCCCAGUCCUUCAUCCGCCUCAUCAAGAGCAAAGUCUAUGACAUCCUGCGGCCGUACAAUUAGCAAGUCCACCACUGCCAACGCUUGGGAAACUCGCGCACCACCACAAGCAUGCAUCUCCCCAUGCAACACCAUAAAGUUAGGAUUAUUUUUUUUUUACUGUACUUUCCUUUUAAUACAUAUACUGCACUAUCACGGCUCAUGCUGGUUUGGAGAAGCCCGGUUUUUCGUGACCUCGGCCCAUUAUUGCUCAACAUACUCACAGGAUCACACCAUUUCCUGAAUAUUCAUCAGGUUUUUUUUUUCUAUAUUCCACGCAUAUUUUCAGCCCAAGGAAAUAGAUUCUCACAUUUACUUGCUUAGCUGAGAAUUUCUGAACGUAUAGAAAAGGUAAUUUUAUGUAUUUAUAAGGAAGAAUUUUAGCAGAGCUGAGGAAAGUGGCAGCGAUCAGUGCUGUCGAUCAAAUCCUCGGUUUCCUGUCAUGUUUCAUAACUUCGGAGCCUCGUUUUUGCACUCUUAAACGUUUUUCUUUCUGAGGCCUUGCUGCUUGAAAUGAUCCCUGUUUCAUCAGUGGUAUAAGAAACCGUUGCGCGUGGCCACACUGGAGUCGAAGGAUGAUCAAAGCUGUGAAGGACCAUUGGAGGGAAGUCUGCUUUGCACACUUAAAAAGGUCACUUUAAACCUUUAACUCCUUUCCUGUCCCUUAUGUUCUCCUGCCCUUUUCCCCAAAAGGAACCCACUUUUGUAUGUUUGUUUUUGUUUAUUUUUAUUUUGAAGAGACAUAAUACUACAAAGUCUUUGUUUCACUGCACUCAAAUCAGUUAUGAGAAGUCAAAAUUAAUUUUCUGUUAGACUGUAACUUCUAUGGAAAUAUCACAAUACUAUCAUCCACAGACUAAUCCAGAACCAUCCAGAACUGUGGUGAAUUAUAAGACCCAAAGACGUAGUUCUAUGUCUUCAUCUGCAUCCCACCAGAGACCAGCUGUUCUUGAGAUGCUCUUCACGAUGGAACACCAUAGUCCUCUCUCCCUACGUUUGUUGAAUUUUUCUCUGCAAAAAAAAAAAAAAAUGGAAACGUGAUAAUCUGUGGAAAAUGUGUAGCGUGGUGUCCUGUUCAAGCAGAUGAUCGUUUUUAGACUGAUUUACAGGAAGUCAAAUUAAACAUGUCAUCCAUGUUAAUUAAAUUGUACAGCUUCUGACGCCAGAUUUCAAUGACUGCUGUAAAAAUCCUAGAUUACCAGAACGUACCGGUUUUUUGUUGAUGUCGUCUGUGCUGUUCCCGCUUUGGUAUGCCAUUUCAUUGUCCUCAGGGGGAUUGUACCAGUUGGAGGGUGUUGAUGGUCGGUGUCAUGCUAAUUUAACCUCAUCUCACAUGGUGUAAAAUGAUGUAGCUAUACUUUAACACUCAGAGUCCCUCUUAGUCAUCGCUUCAGCUACUUCAAGGGCUUCAUUGUCAUGGUGCCCAUUUAAUUUGCAAAGACCUUUCAUUUUCUGCAUUCAGCUCCAGACCCCUGAUUCACCCCCACCAAUCACAUCAUCCAGCGAAGUUUCCCCCCCAUUUUGGGGUUUUUCUUUUUGAACUUUUAUCAAAAUGGGUUUGAUAUGAUGUGACCUGGAGUUGAUAAAAUGUAUUUGCACUUGAAAACUCUUGAUAUUGUGAAGAAAUGUCAGAAUUUUGUAUAGUAUUUUUUUUUAAUGAACGGACGUGGUGUUCCUUACUUC